AUGAGCGCCCUGUCGUCCACCCUGUCCACCCUGGCCAAGCGCUCCCUGCCCGUGACCAGCGAGUUCAAUGAGCUGGUCCGGGGCAUUGGUGAGAGCAAGAGCAAGGGUGAGGAGGAUGCCAUCGUGCAGCGCAUGGUGGAGCUGUGCCGGUCCAAGAUCAAGAGCGGGCGCCGGGACCUCCGGGCCUCCAAGGACUUCCUCAUUUACCUCAUCUACAUCGACAUGCUGGGCCACGACACCCGGUGGGGCCAUGCCACCGUCAUCCAGCUUUGCAGCGAGAAGCACCUGGUCGUGAAGAAGGCCGCCUACCUGGCGGCGUCCCUGCUCCUCCCCCCCGGCUCAGAGCUGGGCCUGAUGCUGACGGCCACCAUCCUGGCCGACCUCGCCUCCGACAACUGGCUGGUGGUGGCCACCGCGCUGCAGGCCGCCUGCCGCGGCGCCACGCCGGAGCUGGUCACAGCCUUCCUGCCCUCCGUCACCGCUCUGCUCGCCCACCCGGCCCCCGGCGUGGCGCGCAAGGCGCUGCUGGCCCUGCACCGCUUCCUCCAGCUGGACCCCGGCGCGGGGGCCGACUUGGAGCGCACGCUGGUGGAGCGCCUGGGACACCGCGAGCCGGCGCUGAUGGCCGCCGCGCUGGCAGGCCUGGGCCAGCUCAUCCGCGCCGAACCGGGGCAGUACGGCGCGCUGGCGCCCUACCUCACCGCCAUCCUCAAGCAGGCUUACGAGGGGAAGCUGGGCCGCGCGUUCGAGCUGCACCGCGCCCCUGCGCCCUUCUUGCAGAUGGAGCUGCUGCGCCUGCUUCGCGCGCUGGGCGAGGCCUCGCCCUCCGUCUCCGGCGACGUGCGCGCGGUGGUGGGCGAGGCGCAGCGCCGCGCCGAGGCGCUGGCCUCGCCGCUGGGCCGCGCGCCCAACGCGCGGUUCGCGGGCGUGGACGCGCUGGCGCGCCUCGUGCGCGUGGCGCCCGACCGCGUCGCCGCGGCGCAGCUGGGCGUGGUGGACUGCCUGCGCGGCGGGGACGAGACCCUGGUGCACGCCACGCUGGGCCUCCUCUUUGCCAUGGCCGACGCGGGGAACGUGGGCGUGGUGGCGCGGGAGGGGACCGCCUUCCUGGACCGCGCCGCGCGCUCCGCGGACGCCGCGCUGCAGAUGCGGGCGGUGCAGAUACAGCGUCUGCUGGCGAGCGGAGCGGAAGUGCAGUGUGCCGCACUGCCCUACGACGCCGCGGCGGCCGAGGUGGAGGUGGACCCGAGCCUCCCUUUCCUGAACGCCUACGUUCAGGAGGCAGAGAGGGCUGGCGCGCCGCCCUACCUGAGCAAGGAGGACCGCGCCUCGCUGGGCCUCGGGCCGGCGCCCUCCCCGCCCUCCCUGGACCGCGCCUCGCUGGGCCUCGGGCCGGGGGGGCUGGACGGCCUGUACCACACGCUGCCUGCCGCCCAGCCGCAGGGCAGCCUCAAUUUUGCCGCGUACGAGCGCGCCGCGGCGCCGGCGUCGGGGCGUCCGGCCCAGGCUCCCGCCGCGCCUGCGCCCGACCUGUUGGGCGAUCUGCUGGGAGAGGACCCUGUCGACCUGGGAUCCCAGCAGCUAUCGGGCAACGGGCAUGCCAACGAGACAGACCUCUUCUUUGGGGGCGGGGCGGUGGGUCUGGAGAGCGUGUCGCACCAGCCAGAGCGUGAGCAGCAGCAGACCCCCCUCAAUGCCCCCAGCGACCCCUUUGCCAUGCUGGAGGGGCUGCAGACGAGCGGGCAGUCCGCCCCAGUGCAGGACUACGACCCGUUUGGCGGAGCCUUCCUCGGACCCACGCCCGUUGCAUCUGCGGCCGACGGCGCCCGACCGCCGCCGGGGCUGGCCUCCCCAUCGCCGGCCACCUCGUCGCCCAACUGGAACCUGGGGGGCGUGGGCAUGCGGGCGAUGGCGGGCGGUGCCAUGCAGAAAGCGCAGUCGCCCCCGCCUGCCAAGAAGGCUGCAGACCCCUUUGCCGAUCUGCUGGGGUAG